CACAGGGGUCCUAAAUCAGUGUGGGGAGACUGUCUGGGCUGCAGGCAGUCUCCCCACAACCGGAGCAACGCUGAUCGCCGCCGGGGGAACGACGGCGAUCAGGUAAGUACCCCCAGACCGUUAGGACGGUUCAGGACCGUCAUCGGUCGGCAACGCAAAAAUGCCGAUGACGGUCCUGAACCGUCCUCGGUCCUUAAGGGGUUAACAUUCUUAAAACGUUUACUUUUUUUUUAACGUUAAUACCUAGCUAGCCUAACACCAAAUUCCCCACUAACUUCCACCCACCCCAGCUAGCUAAAUAUACAAUUUUUUUUUUUUUUUAAUUCUUUAUUUUAUUUGUGCAUAGUUGGAACAAUCAUGUUUGUACCGCCACAAUAGCAGGUGCAAGCAGGUUUGAAAACAUACAUUAACAUAGGUAUGGCAUUGUAAUACAUAGCACAGUUUUGUUUUUUUUUAUAUUCAAGAUAGGGGACAUGUUAAAGGUUAAACCAUGGAUCAUAGUUACACAAAAGAAAUCCGCUUGUCUCAGAGUUUAGUAAUGUAUUAUACUGAUUAAGCUUACAGCCUAGGAACUAUCAUGCUAGCUGAAAGUAUCUGAGGCUUGCUUGGUACAUAUGGUAACAUCGCUGCUCUAUCUAAACUUAGAAUUGGCAUGCUGUGUCACGAGCUACCAGAAUGUAUACAUGCAGUAUAAUCAUGAUUGCAUUUUAAUCUAUGAAUGACACACACGCUUUUGCAGGCUAGUCUCGCCUAGCUGUUAGGUUACUUAUAUUGAAUCUGCGCUUCGCUGCCUUAUAGCAAGCUUGAAAGAUGAAGCAAGGGUAAAAACUUAAAGCAUAGUUAUAGAAGGCAGACAAAUAUGCUAGGCAAUAUGGCACGGUUGGCGUUCGCUUAAAAUAUAAAAAAAAAAAGAAAAAUUAUGCCACCGUGUGUAACAAAUAACCCUGGGUUCCGAACAUAGACUCCUCUCCCAGGGGAGAGGAGAACUUGAUCUUGAUGGUUGUUGGUCAGGAGGCAGAGAGUAGGCAGCCCCAGUCCUCAUGCAGAGAGCAGCCAACUCCCAUCACUGGCAGGUCACAGUGAUGUUUUCCAGCUCUGUUCGAAUAAAGAUGCUGUGGUGUGGCUUGUCAGGUAGUGUCAGACAGUUGCGGGUGGGAGCUGGGUAUGUGUGAGGUCUUCACACUGAUCCUCGGCUGUCGUGAUAGUCUGAGUACCCCUGUAUCCGCUUGCCAGUCAGAUGGUCUCCGCUCAAGGUCCUCGGUGUCGAUUGGAGCACCCCAGGUCGGGACACAGGAUAGGUAGGUUGCUUUAAUGAUUUCUCCCUGUGUUACCCGUAGUGAGCGCCAAGAGCCCCAAGGAGGGGCCGCCCUCUCCACAGCGUGCCUUUCAGGCUCAGCCGCCAUCUUAGGUUGCAAAGUCCCGUUCGGGGUAGUUCCCCAGGGUAGGCCGGGAUAACCCCCGCCGGCCCAGAGGGGGGGAAGCAGGGCCAUCACCCCAUUGUGUUAGGGGACCUCCGUGUUGCAGCCAGGUAGGAUAGCAGGGCAGCGGCCGUCCGCCCCACUCACCACCCGGAUAGGUUGACUAGGCCUCGGUCUCGAAGCUCCGUUUUCGCGCCAAACACGGGCCCAGAAGCGGGUUGCUGACUGAUCUCCAGUCCUAGCACCUCAUAGUGCAGUUGCCUGCCGUGACUCAGUGCUAGAAAGUGCGUUUUGGGGCCAUAGUGCCCGAAAAUAGCGGGAGCUAUAGUGCCAUGCGUCCACUCUGCUCGGCGGUCCGGCCCCGCCCCCUAAAUAUACAAUUUUACAAAUAUUUAAAUUCUUAAAAUGUAACCUCUGAGGGUUAAAAAAAAAAAAAAAAGCUCACAUUUAAAAAUAGUCUCUGCCAAUUGAUCACUGUAGUCGGUAAUCAAUUGGCAGGGAAGGGGUUAAUUUUUAUUUUAAAGGUGGAUGAUUUGAAUUUUUUUUUUUCUCUCUCUCUCUCUCUCUCUCUCCCCUCGGGGAGAAGAUCAGCAUUGAUCCGUCUCCCUGCAUUUCACACUAACCACGGAAGCAAAGGGAGGCGGAUCAGGAGUCCCUGCAGCACAUAUGUCAGAGCCUGUCAGAGCAAUCACAGCUGCAGGGACAAUCUGGGGUUAACAUUAGUAAAUGACGGAAAUUUUCCGUCAUGCGUCCUUAACACAAGGACAAGCAUGCCGGAAAUUUUCCAUCUAACGUCGUGAAGGGGUUAAAUAUAGGGCUUGCAAAUUAAAUUCUCUGGACCUUCUGAUCACGGUGAUAUACUGUGAUCUGUGUUGUGAUCACUGCAAACCAUGAUCAAAGGGCAGGGAAGUGGUUACAUUUUAUUAGAAGGGAAUGGGAGGUGGGAUUUACUAACCCUUAUUUCAUUUAUUUUUUUACACAGAGAAGCAAAUCAGCACUGAUCUGUUUGCCUGCACUUCACAGCUUACACGGAGCUGACUCACGGUCAGAGCGAUCACGUUAUCUGAAACAGUGAGACUGCGUGCUGUAGUGUGGCACAGAACAUUAACCCCAUGAUUGCCACAAUUGUGGCAAUCUGGUGUUAAUUUUAGUAAUGGGUGGAAAUGUUUCCGUCCUUAAGGGGAGGGCUGCAAUGAUGGAAAAAUUCAAACUAGCAUCCUUAAGGGGUUAAUGUGGAACUAUAAACAGUAAAUCUUAUUGAAGUGGUUAUAGUGCCUGGUAUUUUACAUUGUUCACCUGCAAAGAGGGGAUGAGCUGGCAGGGACUCCUAACUGCACUCUAAAUGGUUUAACACGAUGGCUCCAGGAACUCCAGGUACUACAAUCACUUAAUGAGAUGAAGGGGUUACAAGUCCUACAGUGUCCUUUAUUCCAAAAGCAGAAUUUAAAUACUUGCAAAAACUCAUUAGUCUCAUUUCUGUUUGCAGUCUGAUAUAGAAAGAAAGAUAAACUUUGCCUUGUAAAUCAAACUACGAUAAAACGCCAAUUCUAUAUAGAUCUAAAGUGAUGGAAAGUCUCCUCUAGGUGAAAUCUUUAACCCACAGGCAGUCAUUUUAGUCUCUAUCAGGGAGUAUAGCUGAUACCCCGAUAUCUGGAUUUCUGACAUGUUAGCCAUGUGCAAAUGAAGUAAAAAUUGAUGCUGGGUAAGAAUAAUCUCCCACGCAAACUAUAAUCUUAAAUCCAUUUAAAGAUAAACUAUUGAGUUUCUACAGUACCCAAAAGUUUGACUGUACCUUACAAACCACGUCUGAACAGUUUAAACGUUGAGAAGGCACAGACAUGGAGACCCAUGAUUAGUUAUACUAGCAGAGUUAGACUAGUGUCAGCUAUUUCUCUUACCACUUAAAUCCUGUGUGUUGAUUAUUUGUGACUUUUUAGCGAUAUUUAGGUGAUAGUCACCUUUCGUCUCCUACCAUGGUAGAUUUAUCAUAAAUUGUUUGAAUAUGCACUAUCUUUUAAGUUACUGUGUUCUUAACCAAAUAUGAAGAAAAGUUAAGUUUUUAUAACAUAGAAAUAGGUAACCCAAUAUCCUUAGCAGUGCAUACCAACCUUUCUUGUUGUGCUGGGUUCCUUAGCUUUUGGGUUAACCCUAUUUGGAGUGUACUCAGAUUUAGCUCUCUCCCUUUUUUGGAUUUCAUGUGAAAAUACAUGAAAGUAUUACAAAAAAUAAAUUUGAUUUAUGUAAUAUAAACACACAUUUAUAUUCUUCAAAUAUUGGAAAGGACUUUGUUAUGAAAAAGUAAAGUUUUUAAUUGUGCAGCACCAACGUUUCGGACCGACUUGUGGUCCUUUCUCAAGACCACAAGAACACUUCUCGUCUCAGAGGAACAUAAAGUCUCAUUCUCCUCAGGAGCUGCUGCAGCCAAUUAAAUAAACCUAUGGCACUGUGUGGCAUGGAAUGGGUUAAUAUACUGAUCACUUGAAGACAGGAAUGUACAUGUAUUACAUAAUCCGUAAUAUUCACUAACAUUCCUGACCUGUGAGGCCGCUCAUUCCUGCGCUAAUGGCUCUACACUACAGAGUCUAAAAUAAAAGAUAAAAGUGGUUUCUAGUGCUUACAAUGUCCAAAUGUGAAAGGCAGCUAUUUCUCCCAAACCAGAGUCGCUUUUGUCUGGUUGUUGAUGUAGAGGAGAUGAAAAAUUGGAAGAAACGCCUUGGAGGGGUCCUCAAAUUCCAAGUGACGUAGUGGGGAAAGAGAGGAAAAUAUAUGGUGCAGUAUGUCAAAUUUAAAACAAAAGGAAAUACAUGUAUAGUGUAGGGCGCUAUCUCUUAGCUCUGGAUGUAGCACUUGGGCAGUACAAUCCCUGCCUAUGGACAUAAUGAUAAAAUCUUGGUCCAACCGAAUCAGGUAUGCAUAUGUAACAAAAACACGAGUAAAAAAUAGUGCAAUCCCUUCUCUUGGUAUAUCUUUCUAUGGGUGGGUAAAAUCCUCGCUCUAGAUAUAAAAUAAAUAAAUAAAUCACAAAGUAUAGUGCACACCGUGUGGCUAUAAGAGCAUAUAAAAAUAGGAAAUGUACUCACUACUUUGAGAGCAGAAAGGUUUCGCUCAAUCCAAAAACACUUGGGUGUUAAAUCUCCCACCAAGGAAAAUCACCUGGCAAAUCAGGAAGGAACUUGAUUUCAUUCACUGCACUUGAGAAAGCCUACCCAUUAGGUGAAACGCAUUGUGAUUUGUAUACUUGUUCCUAUAUUUGCUUUUAUUUAUGUGAGUAAUAAUGAAGUUUAAUCUAUAUUAUACUCCUGAACCUUCCUGAUGUUUCUGAAGAUUAUACAUCAUUUUCCUUGGUUGGGAAUUUAUCACCCAAGAUUGAGUUGGAUUGAGCAAAUCCUUCUUUUUGCUCUCAGAGAAGUGGUAACUUUUUAUUUUAUUUUUUUUAAAUAUUUUUGUUUUAUCGUAAAGUAGUAUAUCAUUCAGAUGCAUACGAGACCUGCGGGUCUCAACGUUUUGCAAACUGCAAAGUAGCAAUCAUAAAUGCAAGGAUUAGACGCGUAGGUCUAUGAACAUGGCAAUAAUUAGGAGACUCGCAGGUCCCAAAUCGUACAGUAAGCAACCUUAAUGCAAGGGAUUCAUAGAUGGAGUGUAUGAGUGUAACUGUAACAUGUUUACACUCACAUGUCUGAUAACAUUUGGAGGGGGAAAGGCAUACAGGUCUCGCAGAUUACUCCCUGCAGUCCUGGUGGCUGAGAUUUUUCAUGUGGUUCUGUGACUCCCUGGUCCCAUAAGUGUAACUUUGUGGGCUUGUUAUCUGGCGUGCUCCCGGUGUGGUGUGUUGCGAGUAGGGUGCAUCUGCGUUGGUUGUGGUUUUACAGUUUCGUGCUUUGUUUUUAUGUAUUUGUUUAUUUGGUUUCGUUUGGUAUUUAUAAGGGCAGUCAUCUGCUCUUGAGUUUGCGACAUACAGGUGCGUGAGUCGUUCAACUGAUUCUGGUGGUGUAGUGGAGUGUAAGGGCAUGACAAUACAGGCACUCCGGUCUAGCUAUAGCUGAGUGAGUUGGGAAUUCGCCUAUCUUAUCUUGUGCUUCGUGUCCCAGUCGUGAGCUGCGGUAGUAUCCUCAUGGCUGGGGCGAUCCUAAUUUCUCUGGUUGCUGCCUGUAAUUGUGAUAGUGAGUCUGGAGAGGUAGGUCUGUGGUUAGUAUGUGUGAGUGUCAAAACUCCUUCCCCCCCCGCCCCCCUUUUAAGUGUCCUGUUGGAGUUUGUCGUCCCGUUCCUUCUCCUUUCCUCUCCGAUCACUUUCUCAUCUCAGUGUUUUUCAUGGGGUUUAGAUUCAGUGUGGUAUUUUGGGAUUUGUUUCCUCUGAGUUGGGGCCGAAACUUGGGGGUUGAGGGCGGUCUGGGGAACCCUACCAUUGCAGGUCUUUGAUUUUGAGUGAGUCUUGUCCCCUAUCUGCGUGCCUUUAGGUUGCGCUGAUCAUCCCUCCUCCCCGGCUGCGGCACCCUCCCCUCCGCGUAUGAGGCAUUCCCAUUCCGUACGCCCGAUCCCGCACACCGGCGUUUUUUGCGGGACUUUAAUAAUAGGGUGUUUUUUCAGGAACAGGUGGCAUAAUUUCAAGACAUGGGGUUGUUCAUGGAUGCUUCGGGCAGUAUAGAGUUUGGGGCAUACCUGGCGGGACAGGGGUGUGCCGAGGAGUGGCCGGAGACCUGGAAAGACAGCUCGCUGAUAAGGAACCUGGCGUUCUUGGAAUUUUUCCCGAUAGUAGUGGCAGUUGCCUUAUGGGGUGCGGAGCUGGCAAACAAGAGGGUGGUAUUCUACUCUGAUAACAUGGCAGUGGUGCAGGCAAUCAAUGGUUUGUCAGCAGCCUCACUGCCUGUGGUGUGGUUAUUGAGGCAGUUGGUUGCUCUCUGCAUGCCCUUUAAUAUAAUGUUCAGGGCUAGACACAUUCCGGAUUUUGAGAAUGUAGUGGCUGAUGCACUAUCUCGUUUUCAGUGGGAGCGUUUUCAGGAAGCGGCACCAGGCGUGUUGGAAUCGGGGCAAGCUUGCCCGGACGAGAUGUGGCAGCUCGGGACGUCCUGCUUGGGGAGUAUAUAAGGAGUUCCUUGGCGCCGGGCACUUGGACAUCAUAUGUUAAGGUUUGGAAGGAGUGGGACGAGACAGUACAACAGGUAGGGGGGGAGAGCUCGUCGGCUAACCGGUUAGAUGUGUUGUUAUGGAUUCUUUGUCGUUUGUUCGCGAAAGGAGCAUCGUCGUCCAUGGUGGACAGGCAUAUGUCGGCCCUGGCAUUCCUAUUUAAAUUCAACGAGUGGGACGAUAUCACAAAACACUUUCUGGUAAAGCAAGUGGUGCGGGGCUUUCGGAAGGGUAGAAAGUCGGUGGACGCGCGGAGACGGUAUUGUUUACACUAUUACAAGGACUAGUGGAAGUGCUACCUGGCAUAUGUUUUUCACAAUUCGAGCUUGCGUUAUUUACAGGGGCGUUUGUUUGGGCCUUUUUUGGGGCAUUUCGGAUUGGGGAGUUGGUCAGUGCCAACAGAGCAGGGGUUGGCGGGUUGCGGAUGGAAGAUGUGGUGAUCAGUGCGGAUAAGGUGCGGAUUCGAUUGGGUCGCUCAAAGACAGAUGUUUUUGGCAAAGGUUGUGCGGUGACUCUGUUUGAGUUGCUGAGGUCUGGAGUAUGCCCAGUGGCUUGUGGGGCCAGGUUCCUCGAGCUACGGCCAAACGUCAAGAGAUGUUUCUUCAUACACGCUGACGGCUCGGCGCUGUCGCAUUUUCAAUCUGUAAGGUCUUUCAGCUGGGCUUAAGAAAGAUGGGCUUGGAGCCCAUGCAGUUCGGUACACACUCGUUCCAUAUCGGAGCGGCUACUGAGGCAGCAAGCCUGGGGUUAGGAGAGGAACAGAUUAAGCGGAUAGGGAGAUGGGAAUCACUUCGGUUCCGCUCGUACGUACGGCUGGACAGGUUGGUUUGAAGUGGUGGAAUAUGGGGGACAGUGAAUGGUGGGGAUUGCGUUGCUGUUUCACUGUUUUUGUUUCAUUUCAGGUUGGUCGGUGUGGAUAAUUGGGCAUUUGUAUAUUCACUGGGCCCAUAAGAGGGCCGCAGUUAGAAGACAAGGAACACAGCUGGGCUUUCCUCUGGAACGGGUGGCUUUAUCCUGGUUUGGUUUUCAGUGUUUUGGAUGGCAGCGAAUCAGUUUUGAAUUGUUUAGUAAGGUCACGAAGGGAACCUUUCCGGAUGUAGUAGUGGUUCACGGCGGUUGGAACGACUUAGGGUUGGUCCCCCAACAGGAACUGGUUAGGCGAAUGAAGAGGGAUAUGGAUCGGCUGCAAGAGCUGAUUGCUGGCGUCAGGGUGGUGUGGUCGGAAAUGGUGCCUCGCUUGAGUUGGAGAUACGCCAGGGAUCCGGCUGCAGUAGCUUGAUGCAGGGGCAAGGUCAAUAAGACCAUGGCCGCAUUCAUACGCAGGAUAGGUGGCAUAGUGGUACGGCACCGGGAAUUGGAGGAAAGGCUGCCAGGGUACAUGGGGAAUGAUGGGGUACACCUGUCAGACGUUGGUUAUGAUCUACUUAAUUUGGGUUUUCAGGACGGCAUUGCACAAGCCCUGUUUAUGUGUGGUUGGGGUCGCACAUGAGCUUAAGGAUAUCAAGUCAUGUGCUGUGGCGGAAAAGGGCUUGGUUAAAUAGGAGUGGAUAGGCCAAGGUCUAGGCUGGAGUAGGCCGGAGUUAAAGAAGUGUUUGGUAGGUUCGAGCUCAUCGGUGGCUACGAACCGAAGGGUGUAGGGGUGUCUGGGUACACCCCUACAGUUUACCAGAUGGAGGUGGGGCCUCUUUGGGACGCCGUGUGUUAUACGUUAUGCAUUAUUUGGAAUGUUAAUUGUUGUUCUCUGGUAGAGUCAUUGUCAGGGGUAUUGGGCAAGAGCGAUUGGAACAGAAUUAGUACUUGUGACAAUGACCCUAAAUUGUUAAUUUACAUAUUUAUAAUAAUUUAAUAAAGCUGUGGACUUUAUACUCCAACAGAAUAAAUUGGUGCCCGAGUAUUAUUUAAGUUAAAGGUUUAGCACAUGCCGAAUAACGACUGCGCACAUGUCAUGUAAUCCUGCAACCUAUUUGUUCUGUUCUGUUUUAUUUGUCCUUCUAUUUUAACCCAUACUUUUAUUUAUAGGUUUUAUUAUUAUUUUCUUUCAUUCCUGUUUAUAAUCUAUUUAGGGCAUAUUGCCCAAGCUCCUUUAUUUCGGUUAUCUCUCUCUCUCUUUCCUAUAAAUUCUAUUAUAGGAUAUCCUGUUCAUACUAUGUCUAAGAGAACAAAUAAGGUACCUGAAGUCAACCUUGAUAUAAGUCUCCCCUCUGACCUGCUCAGAAUCAUGACAAUUGUUUAAAAAAAAUAUAUAUAUAUAUUCCCAUUUCCCUGAUCUUACCUUGCAGGGAGGUGGGUGGCAAAAUCAGAUCCCUGGUGCCUAUCCAUCGGGUACACUGGAGGUGAGAGGUAUCUCUCUUGGAACACACACACACACACACACACCUAUACACAUACAUACACACACACACACACACACACACACACACCUAUACACAUACAUACACACACACACACACACACACACACCUAUACACAUACAUACACACACACACACACACACACACACAUAUACACACUGACCCACCACACACCUAUACACAUACACACUGACUCACCACACACACAGACUGACACAUACACAGACUGAGCCCCCUCGCCACCCCCACACCCCCACACACACACUGAACCACACACAUUGACUCCAACUUACCAGCAGCGGCCUGCAUGCUCUCUAUGACCCAGGAGGAAGUCCUCCCAGCACAGCGCCCCAUCUGUCCGCACAUGGGAAAAGGGUGGAACACAGUGACAGUGCUGCUGCAGCUUGUGAAGGAGACUCAGUGCUCCCGCCUUCAAUUUCAAAUAGGGGGGGCACAAGGGGGUGACACUGCAUGAUGUAGGGGGGCCAUGGCCAGUGGCGUACAUACCGCAACACAUGUCGCGGGCACCCGGUCGCAGGGAACCACAGGGCGGUCGGGCCCCCAGGAGUGACAGGCCCGGUCGCGCUGCAGAAUGCCGGGGCCGCACAUUUAAGUGGCCAGGCCCCCUGUGAUGACAUCACAGCUGGAAGGAAGUGACUGCCCAUCACUCCUCCCAGCUAUCAGCGAGAGCCCGAGCCACCACUGGACCCCAGGGAAAGUCACCCUCCUGCACCUAAAAGGUAGGAAACAGGAGAUUGACUUAAACAUUUUGUAUCUGUAUGUUUUUGUUUGUAUGUAUGUGUGUAUGUGUUUGUGUGUGUCUGUCUACGUGUGUGUGUGUCUGUCUGUCGGAGGGGGGCAUGGAUUGUGUGUAUGCCACUGGCCAUGGCCCCCUCUGCUCCCCUCUCCCCCUCCCUCCCCCCAGUGACGCCCCCGAGAAGGUCCGGCUAAAUGUACAGUCAUGAGAAAAGAAAAUAUAUCCUCUUUGAAUUCUUUAGUUUUGCAUAUCAGGACAUAAUAACAAUCACCAGUUCCUUAGUAGAUCUUAAAAUUAGGUAAAUACAGCCUCAGAUGAAUACAUGACAUUACCCCGUUUCGUGAUUUAACAAAAAUAAAGCCAAAUCACAUUGUUGUGGGGGAGUUUUCGCACACUGUAGAAUACUUUGGUAUACAGAGGAGUUCAUGGUCGACUCACUGCAAGGUUUCCAGUUCCUGUGGCUGCAAAACAAUCCCAAAUCAUCAGCUCUCCACCAUUGUGCUUGACAGUUGGUAUGAGAUGUUAGUGCUGAUAAUCUGUACUUGGUUUUCACCAAACGUGGCGCUGUGCAUUAUGAUCAAACAUCUCCACUUUGGUCUUGUUUGUCCAAAGGACAUUGUUCCAGAAGUAUUGUAGUUUGUUCAGAUGCAACUUUGCAAACCAAAACAGUUCCAGAGAAUUAGGCUGUGCGGUCGGUCUACUUUGGGGAUUCGAAGUAACAUAUAAAAUACCAUGUUUGAAUGCCGCUUCGAACCACUUCGACUGUUCGGGAGUUUAAAGUGCCGCUUUGAAAGUUCAAAGUGUUCCUGGUAUAAGUCCAAAAGGGCACAAAUAGUGUUUUUAAACAAAGUCUAUUACAGGGGCCAUGGUCACAGGGCAGGAGGCUGGCAAACAGGCCCCUCCAAGAACCAGUGAUGAGGUUACUUUCGCCACAUAUCUUCCCUCCCAAGGGGAGACUAACCAGGUACCUGACCUCCUGUCGGUCAGUACCUGAGUUAGUCGAGUAGCCCACCCAUAAGUAAAUACUGGACCUGGUGACUUCUGCAACCCAUCUCUGUCCUGUAUGUCCUCAGCAGUCAAGUGGGCAUCUGGUACUCCUGGUCUCCUUUGUACUCCCAGGCAAAAGUUAUAGGUAGUUGGUGAGCAGAGGCCAGCGGCGUUCUGCCCUGUAGCCAGCAUUGCAGCUGGGUAAGUCAGGGGGUCGUCUGGUCUUGGACUAAGGACAAGGGGAGGGCAGAGGCCAACUGAGCUCUGCCCUGUUUCCAGUGCUUCUGCUGGGAUGGGGUCUGCGGAUACUACCCCCAGGACCCGGUUGAGAAUCUGCUGUGGAGAGGAGGGAUCGCCUACCUCCUCCUCCUGAUAUUCCUGUGAGGUUGGUUGGAGAUCUGGACAGGCCAUCCAACAUCCCUGUAGGAUUGGUACAGAAACCGCAGUCCCAUCUGCACCAUUGUGGUUAGGGUUACUGUCCCCUUGUAAUGGUGAAGAGGGACCAGCUGUCUCCCCUUCCGGUAUAUGCUGCUGCCGCUGGGUAGAGAGACCGGUUGCCUCCUCGCCCUGUAAGGUAAGCUGCCGCUGGGGAGUAGGACCGACUGUCCCUACUUCCAGUAACUCUGGCUGUAGUUGGGGAUCUGGCCUGGCUGCCCAGCAUCCCUGUAGGGCUGGUGGAGAGACCUCGGCCCCAUCUCCACCUGCCAGUUGAGGUUCCUCCCAGGACCAGUCUAUAAGGUCCCCUAUUUCUGCAGCUGGUAGGGAAGCAGGGGAUACUGUGGCCAAGUCUCUGGAGGACAAGUACUGCUGCUGAGGUACUGGACCGAUUAUCUCUGUUCCCGGCAGUGUACCUGGUUGCCGCACUAAGCUGAACAGAUGUUGGUAGCUCUGCUCCAGCUCCCACUCCAUGGUGACCAGAUGGAUGAGGUCUAGCUCCAGGUCACCAGCUCUUGGGAGAUCCAGCAGGGUUUACCUGAUGUCGUGGAUGUCCCAGAGUCGAUAUUCUGCCAGAUACCCAAAGUCAAUGCCCUCCUCAAAGGCUUUCCACAGUAAGAUAAUCCUCACCUUCCGGCAUACUGUCAUCAGCCAUCCAGUGGUUGCUCUAGGUGGCGUACCACUUUAGUGCCCGGUAAGCCUCGUCCAGCCACAACACCUUCCAAAUCAGGUCCCACAGUUCUGUCACCCACUCAUCCAGGGGUUGCUUUACUAGGAGAGGUAACCGCAGGGCCACGAGUACCUAGUUCUUCACUGGGAAGGCUCUCUCUCCGCCGCCGCUGCACACAGGGACGUAUUAGCCGCGAGGCAAACAAGGCAUUUGCCUUGGGCGGCAUUUUUCAGGGGGUGGCAAAAAACGCCGCCCCCAAAUGCCCAGGGCAAAUGCCUUGUUAGCCUCGCGGCUAACAGACAUGCUGGGCGGCGCUGGCUGAUGGUCGGGCGGGUGGCUGGCGAAGGAGCUCUUCCUCUGAGCAGUCUGCUCAGCUCCCUCGCGCGCCGCAGAGUGAGGCUGGGAGCCGGAAGAUGACGUCAUAUUCCGGCUCCCAGCCUCACUCUGUGGCGCGCGAGGGAGCUGAGCAGAGUGCUCAGAGGAAGUGCUCCCUCGCCAGCCGCCCGCCCAGUAGCCAGCCCAUCAGCCCGACCGGCAGCCACUGGACCACCAGGGAGAAAGAGGAACCCCCCCCCAGCACUCCCAAAGGUAAGGAGGCGGGGGGGUUAAAUUAAAAAAUGUGAGUGAUUGUGUGUGUGUGUGUGUGUGUUUGUGUCUGACUGUGUGUGUGUGUGUGUGUGUUUGUGUCUGACUGUGUGUGUGUGUGUGUGUUUGUGUCUGACUCUAUGUGUGUGUGUCUGACUGUGUGUGUGUGUCUGACUGUGUGUGUGUGUUUGUGUCUGACUGUGUGUGUGUGUUUGUGUCUGACUGUGUGUGUGUCUGACUGUGUGUGUGUGUGUCUGACUGUGUGUGUGUGUGUUUGUGUCUGACUGUGUGUGUGUGUCUGACUGUGUGUGUGUGUGUGUGUAUUUAGAAUGUGGGGCGGGGGAAGGGUUGGGUGAGGGUGGCGUGGGGGGAAGGGGUGCCUGAGUUUUGUCCUGCCUAGGGCAGCACAAAACCAGGAUACACCACUGGCUGCACAUCCUCCAAGACCUCGUACCACAGCUCUAUUCGAGUGGCAUCUCUCCAGUCCAGUAUGCCUUCAAGUAUUGCUGCAACCUCCAGAGAAACUCCUCCUCACAUGGGGACGCUGCACGUGUGCUAGCUCGCUCCAUUCUCCCGAGUUCCUCUGUAAACAGUGCUAGCAUUGCCCUCAGUUUGUAAAAUCCAUCCGGUGUCUCCAAGGUGCUUCUCCUAGCACAAGGAAGCCAUCCCACCACUGCCACCAAAUGAGGCGGACAGCCUGGCACCCCAACUGGGUGCCUCUGCCAAGCACUGCUUCCUAGCCCCUUUGAGUACUUCCAAGCACUCCACCAGACACCAUCAGCACCGUAGUCCCCACUUCCAGCGUUACAGCUUGGCUGGGGUCUCGCUGUCCUCCACCCACCCUGGAACCAAGACCAGGAUCGAGCUUCCAGUGGGCAGAUCUCUCCUACUCAGAGAGUUUAACAGGAACAGCUCUUAUAAGAGCUAGUGAUUAUAACACUCCAAAGAGCAACCCCAAGAGCAGGGAUUAUAGCAGGUAUAGCUUUCCCCUACAAGCACGAGACGAGGCUCUUUGUGUGUGUUGAGGGUAAACAGGAACUGAUUUUAAUGGUGCCACACUUGGCCUUAUAUGGCAAUCCCCAUGCAAGGGGUUCGCCUACAUGGACCUUGUUGGGGACUCCAACACAGAGUCACAGACGAAUCAUAACAGUGUUUAACCGCAUGACACUCCCAUAACAAACGUACAAUCCCUCCCCUCUGCCUGGGAGAUAAUUGAGUCAGAUACUGUAUUAACUCAAUUAUCUCCAGGCAGAAAAAAAAACACAUAUUCUUAUAAAACAUAUCCAAAAAUCACCCAGAUCAGUUCAGAGGUUCAGGAAUUUUAUGGAAGUCACGUUCGACUCCCGUUAGAAUAGUCGAACAUCCAUGGAAAUCUUUAGUUCAUGAACUCGACGACCAAACACCACUCAUUGUACUCUUGGUUUAAGAUGGGCACUGCCAUGUGUUCGAAUGCCGCUUCGAACCACUUUGACCAUUCGGGAGUUCAAAGUGUUUCUGGUAUAAGUCCAAAAGGGCACAAAUAGUGUUUUUAAACAAAGUCUUUUACAGGGGCCAUAGUCACAGGGCAGGAGGCAGGCAGACAAGCCCCUCUAAGAACUAGUGGCGAGUUUACUUUCGCCACAAUCUGCUAUGUUAAAAUUAGUGUAGUACCCACAGAUAUUGGGGCACUGUGGUGAAGUGGUGGGCUUAACACGGUUUGACCAUGUGGUGUGACCAAAUGCCCAUAUUGGUUGGCCAAGAGAGGUGAUGUUAACUUACCUGUUGUGUGCACUGUUCCUUAAUUUGUAUUUGCAUGUUGGUCUUUACAGCUACAUCACUACUAAAAAAUUCAUUUUCUGGGUGUGCCCCCAAUUCCUUUUUUCUGUGAAUGUUACGUGUAUCACAGAUUGUCUCCUCUCUCCAGUAGGAGUCCCUGUGGUUUGUUCAUAUGAUUGGAAGUGGUUUUACCAGUUUGCAGUGCAGACAGUUGGGUAAGAUCUGCCCCACCUUGUAUAAAGCCGUAUAAAGCAUCUUUGUGUUUGCAGGCACUUUGCUCACUUGGACGGAUUGUGGCACAGCUAUGGCAUUUGUUCCAGCUCCCGGCUACCAGCCAGCGUUCAACCCUGUGAGUAGCCAACUGUCUACUGGCGUGAUGGCCAGUCUUAUAUAGCGACUGUCCAUAUACUUGGCUGCGUAUGUAUCGCCCUGUUAUAGGGACUGUCUGUAUAUCUAGAUUUAUACCGAUCUCUCAGUUAUAGGGACUGUCUGUAUAUCUUUCUAUUAUAGCGACUGGCAAUAUACCUGGCUAUGUACCUGUUCCCAUGACACAGGGGUUGCUUUGGAACCUGGCUCUGUUCUCCUGAUACAUCAAUUACGAGUGUACCUGCCUCUGUACAUAUUUCCCUACUAAAGAGAUUGCCUGUAUACCUGGCUCUGUAUCUAUCACUCUGAUAUAAGGGCUGACAGUAUAACUGGCACUGUAUCUAUCUCUUUUUGAGACAGGGGCUAGUCAUAUACAUAGCUCUUUGCCUGUCAUCCUGGGCUGCUGGUAUACCUGGCUCUGUGUACCUAUCUUCCUUAUACAGGGGCUAGCUCUAUGUAAUUAUCUCACAGAUAAUGGACUGCGGGUAUACCUGGCACUGUGUUAUUAUCUCCUAGAUAAUAGGCUGCGAGUACACCUGGUACUGUGUAAUUAUCUCCUAGAUAAUGGGCUGUGGGUACACCUGGCACUGUGUAAUUAUCUCCUAGAUAAUGGGCUGUGGGUACACCUGGUACUGUGUAAUUAUCUCACAGAAAAUAGGCUGCGGGUACACCUGGCACUGUGUAAUUAUCUCCUAGAUAAUAGGCUGCGAGUACACCUGGUACUGUGUAAUUAUCUCCUAGAUAAUGGGCUGUGGGUACUGUGUAAUUAUCUCACAGAAAAUAGGCUGCGGGUACACCUGGCACUGUGUAAUUAUCUCCUAGAUAAUGGGCUGUGGGUACACCUGGUACUGUGUAAUUAUCUCCUAGAUAAUGGGCUGUGGGUACACCUGGUACUGUGUAAUUAUCUCACAGAAAAUAGGCUGUGGGUACACCUGGCACUGUGUAAUUAUCUCCUAGAUAAUUGACUGUCGGUACACCUGGUACUGUGUAUAUAUCUCCUAGAUAAUAGGAUGUGGGUACACCUGGCACUGUGUAAUUAUUUCCUAGAUAAUAGGCUUUGGGGACACCUGGUACUGUGUAAUUAUCUCCUCGAUAAUAGGCUGUGGGGACACAUGGUACUGUGUAACUAUUUCCUAGAUAAUGGGGCUGUGGGUACACCUGGCACUGUGUAAAUAUCUCCUAGAUAAUAGGCUGUGGGUACACUUGGCACUGUGUAAUUAUCUCCUAGGUAAUGGGCUGUGGGUACACCUGACACUGUGACAGUUGGUGUGUCUGAGAUAAUGUAGUAUAGAAACAUAGAAUGUGAGGGCAGAUAAGAACCAUUCGGCCCAUCUAGUCUGCCCAAUUUUCUAAAUACUUUAAUUAGUCCCUAGCCUUAUCUUAUAGUUAGGAUAGCCUUAUGCCUAUCCCACGCAUGCUUAAACUCCUUUACUGUGUCGACCUCUACCACUUCAGCUGGAAGGCUAUUCCAUGCAUCCACUACCCUCUCAGUAAAGUAAUACUUCCUGAUAUUAUUUUUAAACCUUUGCCCCUCAAAUUUAAGACCAUGUCCUCUUGUGGCUUGGUGAUAUUGUACACAGGACCCAGCAGAGAAGGAACCAGAAGCUUGGGGUUAAUAAAUGCUCUGUAUUUACAUUGGGUCCCAGAACGAGUAGGUCCAUGGGGUGUGACUAGCUUGCUUGUCCUUAGUAAAACACUACGGGUGUGUCACUUGCUGUUUUUGGUCUCCUUGUGGUACUAACAAGUGUGAACAUGGAGGUGGGAUCGGCUGGUGGGGUCCAAUGUGACCGAUUUGUGAAUAUUUCUGUAGGAAUUUGGACUCCAUCCUGCCUUACUCAAACGUUUACUAUUUCCAGCCGUCUUCUUUCCCUGCCAUUAACUCUUUACCCUGUGUAUGAGUUACCGACAGACAAGACCCAUCUUAGCACACACAUAUAUAGCGGUCAACAAAAUAUCCAUUUUAGCGAGAUUGCAAGAAGAGUUUAAUCUGGAAGACAUUUAAAGAAAAACAAUACUAAUGUUGUUUCCAAAGAUUGUUUUGUAUUGUGUUUCGAUGUGCUGCUAAAUUAAUAUUUAUACUGAGUGAGAUGAGUGUAUUAGGUUUUCAAGUCACUCUCAAUUACUUAGACAAAUACAAAAAAGAAAAUUGUCUCAGCCACAUGUCUAUUAAUGAGUGCCAUUUUGUGGUGUUGCCCCGAUACAAUGUUAUUCUGACAUGUUUCCUUGAUGUUACUACGUUUUGGUAUCUCGUUUCCUGACUAGUUACUUGAACAGCAGUAAUUCUGACAUUCAGGCCUUGGUAAUUUUUUGUUAUGGGCUGGUCAUUCGUAGAAGCAGACAUAUGGAUUCCUAUCCCUGUCUACCGUCCCUAUCCUAAUAGCUUCUGGCCUAAACCCCCUUAGUGAGUUCUAAUUCUCCUGAUGGAACUUGCGUUGUAUAAGAUAAAUGUGGGCAAUGAAUGGUGCGUGGGCACUGAGUGAUGAGCAGACAAUUAAAACACCAGUCAUUGAACAGCUAAGGGGAGAUGUAAAUACUUAAUGAGGGGUGCGAUUAUUAUAAACAAAACAGAUUUUAAAGGGACACUCCAGGCACCCAGACCACUUCUGCCCAUUGGAGUGGUCUAAGUGCCAACUCACAUCACCCUUAACCCUAGAGUGGUAAUUAUUGCAGUUUUUAUAAGGGUUCCUCCUCUAGUGUUCUUAGAACAUGAAGUGUUUUAAACUACACUGGACGCCCUCACGCUAUGCAUGAGGACCUCCAGCGUUGCCGGAAUCCCCAUAGGAAAGCAUUGAGCGUGGGCGGAGCCUGACCCAGCGCCGAGUGACAUCGGCGCUGGAUUCAGGUAAGUCACCGAAGGGGUUUUAACCCCUUCAGCAACAUGGGAUUGGGGUGGGAGGGAGAGGGGCACUGUAGAGUCCUGCAGUGCCAGGAAAACGGCUAUGUUUUCCUGGCACUGCAGAGUCGCUUUAAGAAGAUUUUAGUUAAUAACCACUACAAUGCCUCUUUUUAGCCGGUACCUUACACAACAAUGAUUGCUGGUGGGCUGCGAGAAGGAAUGGCCAUCUUUAUCCAAGGUGUUGUACCCAGUCAUCAUAACAGGUAAGAUCUUUCUCUCUGCUUCUUCUCUUAACUAAACCUUUUCCUCAAUCUUCUCCUGUCCACUGUCUAUGCCUUUCUAUCCUCCCUCACAAUCCUGUGUUUCUUCUCGUCCUCUUUUCUUUUCUGCUAUUCCUCUUUGCUAUUUUGCAGUCUCUUGUAUUUUUACUCUCAAUAAGGAAUUUAAUUUCCAUCAAAACCAUUUUCAGUCCUUUCUUUUUCCUGCUCCCCGCACUCAUCUCUGCCUAAACCCUCUCCUCUGUCCAAAGGUUUACCAUAAACUUUUCCACUGGCCAAUAUGAAGGCUCAGACAUUGCUUUCCACCUGAAUGCACGCUACGAUGGCCGUGACCGUGUGAUUUUCAAUUCGUAUCAGGGGGGAGAGUGGAAAGAGGAAGAGAUGAAGCGAGAGAUGCCGUUUAAAUCAGGAAAAGUCUUCCAACUGGUCUACCAGAUCACUCGCAACAACUACCAGGUGUGAUGGGCCUCCAUCUGCGACAAUCACUACUCCAUGUUACUAAUCACACCCACUAUGUCCCUGCCUGGUGUGUGCCAGUUUGCUGCUCACACUCAGCCAUUCACCAACACAGCCACAUGCUAGCACUUACUGGACAACCAACUAUAGCUCUGACACUGCCACCACUGGAUGAAUGCAUAAGCAGGUCGGACCCAAUCUCAUACAGAUCCAGAGGGCCCUAUAUUAACCAUGUGAAAGUCGUAAUAGUUAUUGAUGCUGGGCAUAAAGAAAUCUGUCCUGUCAGCCUGUACGUUUGCUUCUCUGUGACCUUAAAUUCCUUAUCAUCUGUAUUAACGCCCAUUGGAUUUGUUGCAUGCACCUGUCCAUUCACCAAUCACAACCUAUUCCAUUGAUAUCACAACUUCCAGGCUUCUAAACCUUCCACCUCUGCAUGUUCCUCUCCACUUUUAUACAUUUGUUAAUAUCACAGGUUAUUUGUUACCUGUGGCGGAAAAAUCUUUUAGUACCCCUCAUUGUGUGUCUCUGCAUCCCUCAUCCCCCUGUGUGUGCUAACCCCUAUUGUGUCACUUACCUACCUUGCUUGUUAUUUGUCUCUUAUCUGCCUCUUCUAAGAUUGUAACAUUGUCGAACGUUCUGCCUGUCACAUUGUAAAAUAUUCUGCCUUUCACAUUGGGCAACAUUCUGUAACAUCGUAGAACAUUCUGCCUGUCACAUUGUAGAACAUUCUGCCUGUCAAAUUGGGUAACAUUCUGCCUGUCACAUCAGACAACGUUCUGUAACAUUGUAGAACAUUCUGCCUGUCACAUUGGGUAACGUUCUGCCUGUCACAUUGGGUAACGUUCUGCCCAUCACAUUAUAGAACAUUCUGCCUGUCACAUUGGGUAAUGUUCUGCCCAUCACAUUGUAGAACAUUCUGCCUGUCACAUUGGGUAACGUUCUGCCCAUCACAUUGUAGAACAUUCUGCCUGUCACAUUGGGUAACGUUCUGCCCAUCACAUUGUAGAACAUUCUGCCUGUCACAUUGGACAAUGUUAUGUAACAUUAUAGAACAUUCUGCCUGUCACAUUGAGUAACUUUCUGCCCAUCACAUUGUAGAACGUUCUGCCGGUCACAUUAUAGAACGUUCUGCCUGUCACAUUGGGUAACGUUCUGCCCAUCACAUUGUAGAACAUUCUGCCGGUCACAUUAUAGAACAUUCUGCCGGUCACAUUAUAGAACAAUUGUAACAUUGUCGAACGUUCUGCCUGUCACAUUGUAAAAUAUUCUGCCUUUCACAUUGGGCAACAUUCUGUAACAUCGUAGAACAUUCUGCCUGUCACAUUGUAGAACAUUCUGCCUGUCAAAUUGGGUAACAUUCUGCCUGUCACAUCAGACAACGUUCUGUAACAUUGUAGAACAUUCUGCCGGUCACAUUAUAGAACAUUCUGCCGGUCACAUUAUAGAACAUUCUGCAUGUCACAUUGGGUAACGUUCUGCCCAUCACAUUGUAGAACAUUCUGCCUGUCACAUUGGGUAACGUUCUGCCCAUCACAUUGUAGAACAUUCUGCCUGUCACAUUGGGUAACGUUCUGCCCAUCACAUUGUAGAACAUUCUGCCUGUCACAUUGGACAAUGUUAUGUAACAUUAUAGAACAUUCUGCCUGUCACAUUGAGUAACUUUCUGCCCAUCACAUUGUAGAACGUUCUGCCGGUCACAUUAUAGAACGUUCUGCCUGUCACAUUGGGUAACGUUCUGCCCAUCACAUUGUAGAACAUUCUGCCGGUCACAUUAUAGAACAUUCUGCCGGUCACAUUAUAGAACAUUCUGCAUGUCACAUUGGGUAACGUUCUGCCCAUCACAUUGUAGAACAUUCUGCCUGUCACAUUGUAGAACAUUCUGCCUGUCAAAUUGGGUAACAUUCUGCCUGUCACAUCAGACAACGUUCUGUAACAUUGUAGAACAUUCUGCCGGUCACAUUAUAGAACAUUCUGCCUGUCACAUUGCGUAACGUUCUUCCCAUCACAUUGUAGAACAUUCUGCCUGUCACAUUGGACAAUGUUCUGUAACAUUAUAGAACAUUCUGCCUGUUACAUUGGGUAACGUUCUGCCCAUCACAUUGUAGAACAUUCUGCCGGUCAGAUUAUAGAACAUUCUGCCUGUCACAUUGGGUAACGUUCUGCCCAACACAUUGUAGAACAUUCUGCCUGUCACAUUGUAGAACAUUCUGCCUGUCAAAUUGGGUAACAUUCUGCCUGUCACAUCAGACAACGUUCUGUAACAUUGUAGAACGUUCUGCCGGUCACAUUAUAGAACAUUCUGCCUGUCACAUUGGGUAAUGUACUGCCCAUCACAUUGUAGAACUUUCUGCCGGUCACAUUAUAGAACAUUCUGCCCAUCACAUUGUAGAACAUUCUGCCUGUCACAUUGAGUAACGUUCUGCCCAUCACAUUGUAGAACAUUCUGCCUGUCACAUUGGGUAACGUUCUGCCCAUCACAUUGUAGAACAUUCUGCCUGUCACAUUGGGUAACGUUCUGCCCAUCACAUUAUAGAACAUUCUGGCUAUCACAUUGUAGAAUAUUCUGCCUUUCACAUUGGAUUACUGUCUCUGAUAUAAAUGUACAUUCUUCCUGUGAUAUUAGUUUACAUUUUGUCACAUUAGGUAACAGUCUUCCUGUCACAUCAGGUAAUGUUCAGCCUGUCACAUUGGCUAACGGUCUGUCUGUCUGUCUCAGGUGUCAGUAAACUGUGCUCCAUUCUAUGAAUUCCCUCACCGGAUUCCAAUGGAACGAGUCCAAUGGCUACAGGUGUCUGGGGACAUCACACUGCAGUAUCUGUGCAUCAUAGGGAGUGGCCCAGGGGUGAAAGGGGUAAGCUAUCAAAACAAAUCCCAGUGUGAGCUGUGUGAGUGUACCUUGUUCAAUAUGUGUCUUCUCCAAGUGUGAGUAAGGCUGCCUUACUCAAUAUCCGUCUACUCCCAGUGUGAGUGAGUGCUUCCCUACUCAAUAUCAAUCUAUUACCUUAUCAGUGUGAGUGAGUGCUUCCCUACUCAAUAUGUGUCUACUCCCCAUGUGAGUGAGGCGUCUCUACCCAAUAUCUGUUUACUUCCAGUGUGAGUGAGGCUUCCCUACUCAAUGUGUGUCUACUCCCAGUGUGAGUGAGGCUUCCCUACUCAAUAUGUCUACUCCCAGUGUGAGUGAGGCUUCCCUACUCAAUAUGUGUCUACUCCCAGUGUGAGUGAGGUUUCCCUACUCAAUAUGUGUCUACUCCCAGUGUCAGUGAGGCUUCCCUACUCCAUAUCAAUCUAUUACCGGUGUGAGUGAGGCUUCCCUACUCAAUAUGUGUCAACUUCCAGUAUGAGUGAGGCUUCCCUACUCAAUGUGUCAACUUCCAGUGUGAGUGAGGCUUCUCUACUCAAUAUGUGUAUACUCCCCAUGUGAGUGAGGCUUCCCUACUCAAUAUGUAUCUACUCCCCAUGUGAGUGAGGCUUCCCUACUCAAUAUGUAUCUACUCCCCAUGUGAGUGAGGCUUCCCUACUCAAUAUGUGUCUACUCCCCAUGUGAGUGAGGCUUCUCUACCCAAUAUCUGUUUACUUCCAGUGUGAGUGAGGCUUCUCUACUCAAUAUGUGUAUACUCCCCAUGUGAGUGAGGCUUCCCUACUCAAUAUGUAUCUACUCCCCAUGUGAGUGAGGCUUCCCUACUCAAUAUGUGUCUACUCCCCAUGUGAGUGAGGCUUCCCUACUCAAUAUCUGUUUACUUCCAGUGUGAGUAAGGCUUCCCUACUCAAUAUCCAUCUAUUACCUUAGCAGUGUGAGUGAGGCUUCUCUACCCAAUAUCUGUUUACUUCCAGUGUGACUGAGGCUUCCCUACUCAAUGUGUGUCUACUCCCAGUGUGAGUGAGGCUUCCCUACUCAAUAUGUGUCUACUCCCAGUGUGAGUGAGGUUUCCCUACUCAAUAUGUGUCUACUCCCAGUGUCAGUGAGGCUUCCCUACUCCAUAUCAAUCUAUUACCGGUGUGAGUGAGGCUUCCCUACUCAAUAUGUGUCAACUUCCAUUGUGAGUGAGGCUUCCCUACUCAAUAUGUGUCUACUUCCAGUGUGAGUGAGGCUUCUCUACUCAAUAUGUGUCUACUCCCCAUGUGAGUGAGGCUUCCCUACUCAAUAUGUAUCUACUCCCCAUGUGAGUGAGGCUUCCCUACUCAAUAUGUAUCUACUCCCCAUGUGAGUGAGGCUUCCCUACUCAAUAUGUGUCUACUCCCCAUGUGAGUGAGGCUUCUCUACCCAAUAUCUGUUUACUUCCAGUGUGAGUGAGGCUUCCCUACUCAAUAUGUGUCUACUCCCCAUGUGAGUGAGGCUUCUCUACUCAAUAUCUGUUUACUUCCAGUGUGAGUGAGGCUGCCCUACUCCAUUUCUGUAUUCUCACCUUGCAGUGAGUGUCAGUCCCAGCAAGUUGCAGGGAGGGAAUUCUGAUAAUUGUGUUAAUCCUAUUUUAUUCCAGGGUCUGGUCAUGACGGCCCCACAAGGGGAGCUUCCGGUGAGCAUUAUAUCUAUAUAUCUUCCAAUUAUUAUUAUAUACUUAUUAUUAUUAUAUUGUCAAUAUACUAUUACAUGAUACGAUGAUUUAGUAUGAAGAGAUAACAGUAUUAUCAUUCUUUUAAACAAUGUAUGUACGAAAUGAUAUGAUAGAAAAUUUAUAUAUGAUAUUAUUUUAGAUAUUAGAUCAAUAUUAUUUAUUAUAUGUGUAUUAACCCCUUCACUACCAAAUAUGUUUUGCCUUAAAAAUAAUAAAAUUUAAAAAAAGGAUAUUAUAUAAGAAGUGAUAUGUUUGUGAUUAAACUACAUUUUGGGUACAGACUGCUGAUCACGAACAUUAACAAAAUAAAAUGAUGUAAAUGUAUACUGUGUUUGUUAAUCCUUUAUAGAGAGGUAAGUAUAGCGUGGGAGGUGUUUAGAAUAUUUUCUAGACCAUCCGGCCCACUUUGUCUCUUGUCAGACAGGAAACUCAAUAUGGGCAGUGAAACAGAAAUACAAUUUCUCGUAAUUCUAUAUAUAGUAGUUGUGACCAAAACAAUCUUAAAAUAGGUAAAAGUAUUUACUUAUAGUUAUUUUAAUGACCCUGCUGGUAGCUUUUACAAAAUGGCAGCAGAAUUUAAAGAUGGAUGUUUGUUUGAGGUCCCAAUACAGUAAGUACAGCUAGGCCACGAAUCUGUACAAUGCAAGGUGGUACAGACUGCGGUUCACAGAAUAACCACCUGGCGGAGACACGGGCUGCGCUGCAUUGUGACCAGCUGCACUGGAGCCACACGGAUGGUGCGAAUAUGCCUUUAUGGGCUUAGUUUAUUUGUAUUGAUUCACGAUACAGAUUGGUAACGUGUAUACAGGUUGUUGGGAGGGAUGAGGUUGAUACCGAUAUUAUCGAUUACAUGCUUAUUGUCUGUUGAUUGCAAGAUAUUUGUAUAAAGUUGGUAUUAUAGGUUAUGGCGUCAUACUAUUGCAGUAGUAUGUUAUAAAUCUAUUAUACUGUCGCAUGACGUAGCAUGUGUUUAGUAUUAUAGGCCGAACCAAUCUAUUAUUGAUUACUUUGUCUUCCUUUCUCACGCAGCCCAUGCUGGGACCCCCCAUUCUAAAUCCAGUAAGUCCAUGUUCUGCACAGACCCCCAUAGCACCCCGAUCUUUGGAUUACUCUGUAAUAACAAGGGAUAAUUCCUUUGCAGGCCAUGCCUUUCACUACAAGUAUCCGCGGGGGGAUGAUCCCAAAACGCACAGUGGUUGUGAAAGGGAUGGUGAACUCAAAUGCCAAGAGGUAAGAAUUGCUCUGCAGAGCAGUGAGAGGAGGAGUGAGCAAUGCUCUGCAGAGCAGUAAGAGGAGGAGUGAGCAUGUUCUGCAGAGCAGUGAGUGGAGGAGUGAGUAUUGCUCUGCAGAACAGUGAGUGGAGGGGUGAGCAAUGCUCUGCAGACCAGUGAGAGGAGGAGUAAGCAAUGCUCUGCAGAGCAGUGAGAGGGGGGGUGAGCAAUGCUCUGCAGAGCAGUGAGUGGAGGAGUGAGCAUUGCUUUGCAGAGCAGUGAGAGGAGGAGUAAGCAAUGCUCUGCAGAGCAGUAAGAGGAGAAAGGUCUGGUCACUGAUGGUUUCACUAAUGUCAGUAACUUCUCACACUUUUCCAGCAUCAUAAUCAACUUUAAGGUGGGAUAUUCCAAUGACAUCGCUCUGCACAUCAAUGCCCGAAUUAAUAAGUCAGCGGUCAUCAGGAACAGCUUUGUGAAUGGAGCCUGGGGAGAAGAGGAGAAGGAGGUCACAACGUACCCCUUCAAACAGGGAGACUUCUUCGAUGUGAGUGAAACAUUCAUAUAACUGGACUUCCUGAAUGAAAGGAUAUGUAGAGAGACAGGACCUCUUGAGUGAAGGGAUAUAUAGAGAGACAGGACCUCCUGAGUGAAGGGAUAUAUAGAGAGACAGGACCUCCUGAGUGAAGGGAUAUAUAGAGAGACAGGACCUCCUGAGUGAAGGGAUAUAUAGAGAGACAGGACCUCCUGAGUGAAGGGCUAUAUAGAGAGACAGGACCUCCUGAGUGAAGGGCUAUAUAGAGAGACAGGACCUCCUGAGUGAAGGGCUAUAUAGAGAGACAGGACCUCCUGAGUGAAGGGAUAUAUAGAGAGACAGGACCUCCUGAGUGAAGGGAUAUAUAGAGAGACAGGACCUCCUGAGUGAAGGGAUAUAUAGAGAGACAGGACCUCCUGAGUGAAGGGAUAUAUAGAGAGACAGGACCUCCUGAGUGAAGGGAUAUAUAGAGAGACAGGACCUCCUGAGUGAAGGGAUAUAUAGAGAGACAGGACCUCCUGAGUGAAGGGAUAUAUAAAGAGACAGGACCUCCUGAGUGAAGGGAUAUGUAAAGAGACAGGACCUCCUGAGUGAAGGGAUAUAUAAAGAGACAGGACCUCCUGAGUGAAGGGAUAUGUAAAGAGACAGGACAGGACCUCUUGAGUGAAGGGAUAUAUAGAGAGGGACAGGACCUCUGAGUGAAGGGAUAUAUAGAGACAGGACCUUCCUCCUGAGUGAGAGGGCUAUAUAGAGAGACAGGACCUCCUGAGUGAAGGGAUAUGUAAAGAGACAGGACCUCCUGAGUGAAGGGAUAUGUAAAGAGACAGGACCUCCUGAGUGAAGGGAUAUGUAAAGAGACAGGUCCUCCUGAGUGAAGGGAUAUAUAAAGAGACAGGACCUCCUGAGUGAAGGGAUAUAUAAAGAGACAGGACCUCCUGAGUGAAGGGAUAUGUAAAGAGACAGGACCUCCUGAGUGAAGGGAUAUGUAAAGAGACAGGACUCCUGAGUGAAGGGAUAUAUAGAGAGACAGUUCCGCCUGAGUGAAGGGAUAUAUAGAGAGAUAGGACCUCCUGAGUGAAGGGAUAGAUAAAGAGACAAGACCUCCUGAGUGAAGGGAUAUGUAAAGAGACAGGACCUCCUGAGUGAGGGGAUAUAUAGAGAGACAGUUCAGCCUGAGUUAAGGGAUAUAUAAAGAGACAGGACCUCCUGAGUGAAGGGAUAUAUAGAGAGACAGGACCUCCUGAGUGAAGGGAUAUAGAGAGAGAGACAGGACCUCCUGAGUGAAGGGAUAUAUAAAGAGAAAGGACCUCCUGAGUGAAGGGAUAGAUAAAGAGACAGGACCUCCUGAGUGAAGGGAUAUAUAAAGAGACAGUUUCUCCUGAGUGAAGGGAUAUAUAGAGAGACAGUUCCGCCUGAGUGAAGGGAUUUAUAGAGAGAUAGGACCUCCUGAGUGAAGGGAUAUAGAGAGAGACAGGACCUCCUGAGUGAAGGGAUAUAUAAAGAGAAAGGACCUCCUGAGUGAAGGGAUAUAUAGAGAGAUAGGACCUCCUGAGUGAAGGGAUAGAUAAAGAGACAGGACAUCCUGAGUGAAGGGAUAUAAAGAGAGAUAGGACCUCCUGAGUGAAGGGAUAGAUAAAGAGACAGGACCUCCUGAGUGAAGGGAUAUAUAAAGAGACAGUUUCUUCUGAGUGAAGGGAUAUAUAGAGAGACAGUUCCGCCUGAGUGAAGGGAUAUAUAGAGAGAUAGGACCUCCUGAGUGAAGGGAUAGAUAAAGAGACAAGACCUCCUGAGUGAAGGGAUAUGUAAAGAGACAGGACCUCCUGAGUGAAGGGAUAUGUAAAGAGACAGGACCUCCUGAGUGAAGGGAUAUAUAGAGAGACAGGACCUCCUGAGUGAAGGGAUAUAUAAAGAGACAGGACCUCCUGAGUGAAGGGAUAUAUAAAGAGAAAGGACCUCCUGAGUGAAGGGAUAUAUAGAGAGACAGGACCUUCUGAGUGAAGGGAUAUAUAAAGAGACAGUUUCUCCUGAGUGAGGGGAUAUAUAGAGAGACAGUUCAGCCUGAGUUAAGGGAUAUAUAAAGAGACAGGACCUCCUGAGUGAAGGGAUAUAUAAAGAGACAGGACCUCCUGAGUGAAGGGAUAGAUAAAGAGACAGGACCUCCUGAGUAAAGGGAUAUAUAAAGAGACAGGAGCUCCUGAGUGAAGGGAUAUGUAAAGAGACAGUUCCUCCUGAGUGAAGGGAUAUAUAAAGAGACAGGACCUCCUGAGUGAAGGGAUAUAUAAAGAGACAGGACCUCCUGAGUGAAAGGAUAUAUAAAGUGACAGGACCUCCUGAGUGAAGGGAUAUGUAAAGAGACAGGACCUCCUGAGUGACAUAUAGAGAGACAGGACCUCCUCAGUGAAGGGAUAUAUAAAGAGACAUGACCUUCUGAGUGAAGGGAUAUAUAAAGAGACAGGACCUCCUGAGUGAAGGGAUAUGUAAAGAGACAGGACCUCCUGAGUGAAGGGAUAUGUAAAGAGACAGUUCCUCCUGAGUGAAGGGAUAUAUAAAGAGACAGUUCCUCCUGAGUGAAGGGAUAUGUAAAGAGACAGGACCUCCUGAGUGAAGGGAUAUGUAAAGAGACAGGACCUCCUGAGUGGAGGGCUAUAUAGAGAGACAGGACCUCCUGAGUGAAGGGCUAUAUAGAGAGACAGGACCUCCUGAGUGAAGGGAUAUAUAAAGAGACAGGACCUCCUGAGUGAAGGGAUAUGUAAAGAGACAGGACCUCCUGAGUGAAGGGAUAUGUAAAGAGACAGGACCUCCUGAGUGAAGGGAUAUGUAAAGAGACAGUUCCUCCUGAGUGAAGGGAUAUAUAAAGAGACAGUUCCUCCUGAGUGAAGGGAUAUGUAAAGAGACAGGACCUCCUGAGUGAAGGGAUAUUUAAAGAGACAGGACCUCCUGAGUGGAGGGCUAUAUAGAGAGACAGGACCUCCUGAGUGAAGGGCUAUAUAGAGAGACAGGACCUCCUGAGUGAAGGGAUAUAUAAAGAGACAGUUCCUCCUGAGUGAAGGGAUAUGUAAAGAGACAGGACCUCCUGAGUGAAGGGAUAUGUAAAGAGACAGGACCUCCUGAGUGAAGGGAUAUGUCAAGAGACAGUUCCUCCUGAGUGAAGGGAUAUAUAAAGAGACAGGACCUCCUGUGUAAGGAAACAUAGAAACAUAGAAUGUGACGGCAGAUAAGAACCAUUCGGCCCAUCUAGUCUGCCCAAUUUUCUAAAUACUUUCAUUAGUCCCUAAACUUAUCUUAUAGUUAGGACAGCCUUAUGCCUAUGCCAUGCAUGCUUAAACUCCUUUACCAUGUUAACCUCUAUCACGUCAGCUAGAAGGAUAUUCCAUGCAUCCACUACCCUCUCAGUAAAGUAAUACUUCCUGAAAUUAUUUUUUAACCUUUGCCCCUCUAAUUUAAGACUAUGUCCUCUUGUUGUGGUAGCUUUUCUUCUUUUAAAUAUAGUCUCCUCCUUUACUGUGUUGAUUCCCUUUAUGUAUUUAAAUGUUUCUAUCAUAUCCCCCCUGUCUCGUCUUUCCUCCAAGCUAUACAUGUUAAGAUCCUUUAACCUUUCCUGGUAAGUUUUAUCCCGCAAUCCAUGAACCAGUUUAGUAGCCCUUCUCUGAACCCUCUCUAAGGUAUCAAUAUCCUUCUGAAGAUACGGUCUCCAGUACUGUGUACAAUACUCCAAGUGAGGUCUCACCAGUGUUCUGUACAAUGGCAUGAGCACUUCCCUCUUUCUACUGCUAAUACCUCUCCCUAUACAACCAAGCAUUCUGCUAGCAUUUCCUGCUGCUCUAUUACAUUGUCUGCCUACCUUUAAGUCAUCAGAAAUAAUCACCCCUAAAUCCCUUUCCUCAGAUGUUGAGGUUAGAACUCUAUCAAAUAUUCUGUACUCUGCCCUUGGGUUUUUACUCCAAGAUGCAUUAUCUUUCACUUAUCCACAUUAAAUGUCAGCUGCCACAACUCUGACCAUUUUUCCAGUUUACCUAAAUCAUGUGACAUUUGGCUUAUCCCUCCUUGAACAUGAACCCUGUUACAUAUCUUAGUAACAUCAACAAAAAGACAUACCUUACCAUCAAGACCUUUUGCAAUAUCAAUAAAUAAUAAAUAAAUAUUAAAGGGACACUAUAGUCACCUGAACAACUUUAGCUUAAUGAAGCAGUUUUGGAGUAUAGAACAUGCCCCUGCAGCCUCACUGCUCAAUCCUCUACCAUUUAGGAGUUAAAUCCCUUUGUUUAUGAACCCUAGUCACACCUCCCUGCAUGUGACUUGCACAGCCUUCCAUAAACACUUCCUGUAAAGAGAGCCCUAUUUAGGCUUUCUUUAUUGCAAGUUCUGUUUAAUUAAGAUUUUCUUAUCCCCUGCUAUGUUAAUAGCUUGCUAGACCCUGCAAGAGCCUCCUGUAUGUGAUUAAAGUUCAAUUUAGAAAUUGAGAUACAAUUAUUUAAGGUAAAUUACAUCUGUUUGAAAGUGAAACCAGUUUUUUUCAUGCAGGCUCUGUCAAUCAUAGCCAGGGGAGGUGUGGCUAGGGCUGCAUAAACAGAAACAAAGUGAUUUAACUCCUAAAUGACAGUGAAUUGAUCAGUGAAAUUGCAGGGGAAUGAUCUAUACACUAAAACUGCUUUAUUUAGCUAAAGUAAUUUAGGUGACUAUAGUGUUCCUUUAAAGAGAAUGGGUCCAAGUACAGAUCCCUGAGACCUAUUGGGAUGCGUUAUGAUUGAAUGGACAUAUUGCCUGAAGGAACAAAUAGGGGUUUGUAUGUAGUAAAGCUUCUGCAUAGGGAAAGCUAUAGGCACUGAGUAGAUAUAAACAUUCAUGAUGUUCAAACACACUACACUAGUGAGUUGUAAAUGUAUGUAAUGAUGGCAGUCAAACUGUGUAUAUUGCAUUAUUAUUCUUUAUGUUUCUUCCAGAUCUCUGUCCGUAGUGGGGAGAAGCGGUUUAAGGUUUAUGUAAAUGGUCAUCACUGCUUCAACUAUGAACAUCGGCUCUGGAACCUGCAACAAAUCGACACACUAGAUGUGGAAGGAGAUUUGAAGUUGUGCUUCGUCCACUUGUAACGGAGCAUGUAUCUAGCACGCCUGUAACAACAUCUGCAUUCAUUCAACUCAUUGUCCAUACACCCAACCCUCUAACCAAAACUGUAUUCAUCUAACCAGUUUCCAUUAACCCAACUCUCUAACCAAAUCUGCAUUUAUCUAACCAUAUUCCAGCCACCCAACCCUCUAACCAAACUGCCUUCAUCCAACCUUUGUCCAUUAACCCAAAUCUCUAACCAAAUCUGUAUUCAUCUAAGCAUUGUCUAUCCCGUUAACCAAAUCUGCACUCAUCCAACCCCUCUGCUACAACUAAACACCCAUUAACUUCUCCUUACCCCCACCAUCUGUUUUGUAUGAAUGUGGACAUAUUUUAAACAAUCUAAAUAAAAUGUUCUUACAAAACUCAA